AUGAACAAGAUCAAAUUUCAAAUUGAUGGCACCAUUGUUGCCCCUUCAGAUUAUAGGUCCUUUAGUAAUUCUGGAGUUUGGAUCUUGUUCAGACAUCUUAGUGGCCUUUUAAUUCUUGGAGGGACCCUUGAUGGAAAGGGCCAGAGCUACUGGAAUUGUAAAAUAAAUGUCAAGAGUUGUCCCAUUGGAGCAAGAGGAAUACACUUUGCGGUGGACCAUUGCAGGCAGGUUUUGUUUGAACAUGUGAACAUCAAUGCCCCCAGCACAAGCCCUAACACAGAUGGAAUCAACGUGCUGCUUUCCUCGGGAAUCACGGUCAGCCAUGCCACCACAGGCACUGGCGAUGAUUGCAUAUCCUUGAGCUACGGCAACACCCAUGUGUGGAUUGAGCACGUCAAUUGUGACCCUGGACAUGGCAUUAGCAUUGGGAGUCUGGGGAAGUUUGAACAUGAGGCUGGAGUUCACAAUGUGACAGUGAUGAGUUCAACCUUCGACCGAACACAAAACGGGGUUAGGAUAAAAUCAUGGGCACGACCAAGCCAUGGGUAUGCAAAAGACAUUAGUUCUGGGGUGAAGAUGAUCAAAGUGUUGUAUGAAAACAUAAAGGGAACUUCAGCAAGCAGAGAAGCUAUCAAUUUCGAUUGCAGCAAAAGCAACCCGUGUCAGGGUAUCAAACUGCAUGACAUAAACCUUGUUUACAACAAGGAAACUGCAACGUCAACUUGUACCAAUGCUCUUGGGAUUUCCAGUGGAGUAGUCAUCCCAAAGGGGAGUGAGUCCAACACCACCACUCAAAUCAUUGACAUGUUAAAUAUGGGUCGUCCAAAAUUAAUCUUGAAACCCAUCACAAAUGGGAGAGAACGUGAUUUAGCUUUCAUGAAGAGGAAGAAGGGACUGAUAAAGACAAUAUCUGAAUUUUCUAGAGUAUGUGGAGUGAGAACUUGCUUGAUUAUGUAUGAUGGCAAUGGUGAUUCUCCACCACUGACUUGGCCCCAAGACCCCAAUGAGAUGCAUUCCAUCAUUCAAAGGUAUGAGAGUAUAAUGUAUGACAGAAUUCCUAAAAACUUUGAUCUCAGUACCUUUUUUGAGAUUAGGAAAAAUAUGGUUGACACUGAGAUUUCCAAAGUUCAAAAGGACACUCUCAAGAUCAAAUAUCCAACUUGGCAUCCAUGUUUUGACAACCUAGGUGCUGAAGAAUUGAGGAAUUUCAUUGCUAUUUUGGACAUUAAGCUUGAAGCUUGUAAUCAAAGAACCAAAAUGUUCAAAUGCAAGAAACAAAAUGAAGCUGAGUUCAACUUCAUGCAAUGCUUGGUUCAACCAGAGUGUGUUCUGCCAAACCCAAGCCAACCUGGUUUCAUGGAGAACAUUUCUCAAAAUCAAUCUAGUCUUUCUCCUGUGAUGCCUCUCACUGAUGGUAAUCUUGUAGCAUCUUACCUGCACAAAUUUGAAAAGGGUUCUAGUUCUCAAUCCCAAAUGCUUAACUUUGAUUCAAAUCUUAUGCAUUUGGAGGCAGAGCACAAAGGGGUGGUUGACACAACCAAUCAUGUGGUUGGUUCACAAGAUUAUGGUAGCCAAGUUGAUGCUUUUGGAAAUUCUUCAAAUAAACUUGUUCCUUCUGAUCUACUCCAUGAGUCUUUGAAUAUUUGUAAUCUACUUGGUGAAAUUCAAAGUAUGAAUCAACAUUGGAGGAGUAAUCAACAUCAAGCACAGAUGAUUGGAGGAAGUAACACAGCCAUGAAUGAUGUUACUACUUAUGAUGCUACUUUACUUGGAAAUCAGUACAACCCAGAGUCUUCACUCUGCAAUUACAAUGGAGUUGUGCAAUCCUAUAACUAUGAUGCUCCAUUGCAGAGCAUUGGUUUUCAAGUGGAAAAUCUGCAACAAAUGAUAGUUUCAAAAUCAUUAGUGAUAGUAUUGAGCGACAAAGAAGAGAAGCUACUCACUUAUGGGAACAAUAUGAUUAUGUUAGUCUUUCAACGUGUACAAACUUUAGUUGGAGAGGGGAAUAACAUUCCCACUGAUGAAAAAAAGAGAAUUGGACAUCAACAUGCUCUUUUUUAUCCUCAAGAAACGGUUACAUUAAUAUGGCUGCAUAAGACAUCUAAGCUUAAUAAAAUAUAUCGGAAGAUACAAAACUAUAGACAGGAGUCUUCAACAUCCGCCAGCCAAAGCAUUAGGGAUCUCCUAUCCAUUUGUAAACCAUUGAAACAAGCUCAUUGUCAUACAGGUGAAAUCGCUUACAGCUGCAAGUUCCACCAGGGUUCCAAUUAUUUGAACUCCUUCUCCCUUCCUGUAUGUUCUAAUGAUAUUCGGUUGUGGAACCGCAACCACCUCGUCUCUUGA